CAGAAAAAAACCAUCACUCCCUCCCUCGCUCUCUCUCUCUCUCUCUAAACCCACAGCAAGAAAGCACUCGAGUAUAGAAACUGCUGCUUGAACGCUGAUGCUGUGCAUCGGAGAACCGAUACUUUCUUCUCCAUACUAUAAAAUUUUCUACUCCGAUCCGACUCUCUGAUCCUCGCAGAAGAAAUCCGGAACUUAUCCACGGGUAUCUUCGAGUCACCCUUCAUCAUUUUCUCGCUCUCUUUCUCGCUUUCUUGCAUUUUCUCGAGAAAAAAAGGGAUGGACCCCCAUCCAUCGCCCCACGAGUUCGACAGCGUCAAGGCCGAGAAGGCCGAGGCCAUGCUCAGGUACCGUUGGAACCGGAACCUCAAGACCCUUGCCCGCGCCCUUGAGCUCCUCGUCGCCCUGCUCCUGGUCUCCUGGUACUCCGGGCUCUCGGCCGCCGCAGGCGACUUCCUCCUCCGCCUCGCCGGCCUCCUCACGAGGCCCCUCGUCGUCUUCCUCAUCAGCAACGGCAUCAUCGGGAUGAUCCUCUUCUCGGCCCGGAAGAGCGACGACCGCCGCCACCCCCACGAGCCGUCCCACAUCUACGACGAAUACCUCUCCGCGCGAAGAGCCUCCGGCGGGGGAUCAUCUCCGGAUACGGUGGCGACGCCGGACGAGGUCCAUGAGGACAAGCAGAUCGUCCCGUACGAAGCCUUCCCGGCGCACGAGAAAAUCAUAACGGAGGUGCCGCUUCCCGCGCCGGAGCCCGACCCUCUUCCGUUGACCGUCGGCCCAGCCGUCGAGAAGGGCGCGGGCGAGGAAGACGUCGCGCCGGGGGCGGUGCCUCUGGCGGCGGCAGCGGCGGAGAGGCGCUACCGGAGGACGCGGUCGGAGGUGACGGCGGGGGAGGGGGAGGAGUGGCCGCGGGCGGAGCUGCGCAGGUGGGCGACGGACAACGGGCGGCCCAGUCCAUCGCGUGGGGCGGGGGAGGAGGAGCGACGGCCGCCGUCGCCGUCGCCGUCGGUGGGGGACUUGAGCGACGAGGAGUUCAACCUGACGGUGGAGAAUUUCAUUGCGAAGACGAAGUGCUUCCUGAGGGAGGAGAUCAUGGCCGAGGAGUAGGACGCCGUUCUCAGCUUCCACUCCGUCGGUCGCAGUUGAUGAUGAGACUGGCCCAAAAAAGGGGAAAAAAAAAAAGAGAGAGAGUAAAUAAAUUUGUGAAUUUUAAGGCUGCGAGUAGUCGAGUACAUAAGAGAAAAAAAAAAAAAAAAAUGAAGAGGGAAAUUCCGAGGAGAGUUAUUUCGUAAUUAAUUUAGCUAUAUUUCUGACAUUUUAGGUCGGUCGCUAUUGCUACUGCUGCGAGAUCGUGUACUUUUUCUUGCACAGAGAUAUAUAUAUGAUGGCGAUUUUCAUGCA